ACCAUCUUUCUCUCACACCCCAGCUUUUUGCUCACUACACUCAUUCGUUAUUCACCAGAAGCCUUCAAACCCUGCCCCUCCCCCCACCCAAAAAAAAAAAGAAAAAAAAUGAGCGUGGAAGUGUUGGAUUCGGCGACCAUCGUCGGCUUCGUGGAGGACGAGGAGGCUUUCAAUGCCUUCAUAGGUGACCGCUUCUCAUCCCUCGACGUUGACCGCGACGGCUGCCUCUCCUAUGCGGAGAUGCUGCGGGAUCUGCAGGGUCUUCGAGUGCUCGAGACCCACUUUGGGGUCGACGUGAAGCCAGACCCCGACGAGGUGGCCCAUGUGUAUGGCUCACUGUUCGGGCAGUUCGACCACGAUGCCAACGGGUCGGUGGACCUGGAGGAGUUCAAGGCGGAGACGAGGAGGAUGAUGCUCGCCGUGGCGGACGACUUGGGGUUCUUGCCGGUCCAGAUGGUGUUGGAAGAGGACAGCUUCUUGAAGAAAGCCGUGGAGCGUGAGCUUACCAAAGUCGCUGCUUAAUUUGGAGGAUUUUAUCUUAAGAGGGAUUCGUCAUGGUGGGAAGAAUGUGGUUGCAUUUGAGAUUUUGUCAUUUUUAUGGUGUUUUUAUUUUACGCACCCCUUAUUUUCUAAACCGAGUUUUGUACCCGAGAAUGAUGUUGCGGAUGAAAUUAAUGGAUUUAGCACUUGUUAUUGA